GCGCCUCAGCCAUGGAAGCUUACUGAAGCAAAAAUGCACAAAGCAAAAUUGAGGCUCUCGACAUGCUUAUCUCUCAUCGCUAUCCUCUCCACAAGCUCUUCACUUCCAACAUUUUUCAUGGCUUCCAAACCUUUCCUCAAAUUCUCACAUUUCACUGUACUCCCCACAACCCCUUCUUCCCAAACCCACCUCUUCCACACCAAAAGAUUCAUCUUCUCUACUUUUCCUUCUAAACCCAUAUCAAAUAUUCACCCUUUCUCUCUUAAAAAUCCUGGGUUUUCCUCUGUUUCUGAUGCCAAUAUCCACACACCAGUUUAUCAACUUUAUGGGGAGACCCUAGAAGAGAAUGGUAUUGACUUGGCUGAAAUGAAAGUUUUGAGGAGGAAAAUUGAGGAGCUUGGGAUUGAUAGCAAUCUGUGUAAACCAGGGCAGUACAACCACUUAAUUUGCCCAAUGUGCAUAUGUGGGGAUUCAGGGGAGAAGGGCUUAUCCCUUUUCAUCACUGCAAAUGGGAAUUGAGCUUUGUGGACCUGUUUUCGAGCAAAAUGUGGCUGGAGAGGCAAUACAGGGGUACCAAAGUGUUUUAUAUAUGGUUUUGAUUUUAUGUAAUUAUUCAAUCAGGCAUUUGAUCUGAUUUAGUCCCUUUCAAUUAUACCCAUUUUGUUGCAGGCCUAUGUAAAUGGCAAUUCAACGUCCGGAAGGAUUGCUCAUAUCCCAAAAGUUAAGCAAACUAGAGAAAUCACCGAGAAAAGUUUGGAUUUGGAACCACCUUGUAGUGAGCUACGCGUAUACUUUGCUGAGCGAAUGAUAUCAUGGGAAACAUUGCGGAGAAAUGCUGUUAUGCAAAGAAGAUAUGAUGAUCAGGUGCACAAGAUACUAAAUUGAGAAAAUAGUGCCUUUAUUUAUUUUAGUUUUUAAUCAAAGGGUUCUUCUUAACUCUGCAUAUUUAAGAAUAAGAUUUUUAGUAAUUUAAAGUUUUAUGUGUUUACCCCUGCUACAAAAGUUCUUCAGUUGGUGAAAUCUGCCAUCUGAAAUAUCCUCUCACAUUGUUUUACAUGCAAAUAGUUGAUCAAAUUGGACAUACCUAAAUACUGCUAGGCUCUAUUUUUAUUUUAUUUUAUUUUAUUGUAAGGGGUGGAAUCUAACUCUCGGACUGGAAGAUUACCUUACAUAUCCUUAGGCAACUUGGUUUCAGUCAGGAGCAGAACAAGGGUUUUUUUUCUUUUGGGGGGAGGGGAAAGGGGUGCUAAACAAAAUUGUUAAAAUCAUUUUUCCUAUCAAAGCUUCCCAAAAAAUAUAAAUCACAAAUAAUAUCGAAAAUUGAAGUAACUGUGCAUGAUAUAUAAACUAAUAACUAUUAUUAAUGUCAACUUUAACAUUGAUUGCUACCAAAAAAAGGUGAAAAUAUUUUUGAUUAAAUUGUAGUAUGUGUUCCUUUACAGGUUUGUUGUGUUAUAUAAAUAUAACGGUUAAUAUUUCCAUUGGUCCUAUUAUAAUAUUUUUAUUAAUGAGGUAUGAAACUUUGAAGUCAAUGAAGUAAUUAAAUAUGAGUUUAUAUACAUGAAUGUAAUCAAGGCUGUAGUCUUCCAGAAAGUAAUAUUUUUGCAUUGCACCCAAAGUUCUAUUCUCAUACCAACAAAAAGUACUGACUGUAUUUUAUUUUUUCUUUGGGGUGGUUCCACCUCCGCUUGCACGACAUCUCAGAUGAUUCGUUCUGACAUCUGAGUGUUAAUCUAAUAAAAAUUAGACCAGUAAACACGUGGUGGAGUUGGACAUUAGCUGAAGGAAAGUCUGGAUGAGUAGAUGUGUUAUGACUUUUAUUUUAGCAAAACGAAAUCCAUCUCUGGUUGUUGUAGAUUGUUUAAGUUCUAGAAUGCUUGAAACCAAAAUACAUAAAUUUAUGAAUAAAUAAAUGCUAAGUUUAAAUAUAUUUCACUGCCAAUUUUGAUCACUUUGGCACUUCGACUCUUCUCAAUCAUCCAAAGUAGGAAGAAGGUUCGGUUCUUUACGGCGAUUGCAAGUAGUAAUUCUUCUUAUAUGGGAAAUGUUCCAUUCUUGUUAAGUAUGGUAAUUAAUUUCAUUUCAACUAACUUCAGGAAAUGAACAAAUACACAAAAAAGACCCAAAAACAAAUGAACAAAAACUCAAAACAAAAAGAGAACAAAAACAAAAACAAAAAAACAAAAAAACAAAUUAACAUAAGUUAAGCUUUUUCACCAAAACCGCUUUAGUAUAAACAAAGUUGUGAGAAUUGUGGUUUUUGGAUAGUGUCUUGACAUUGUGGUUCCUUUCCCGCUCGAUAGGAGCCCGUCUCGACUUAGUUUCCAACCUCAUAUUCCUAGGUCUAGGCAAACACAACCUUUCUUCAUGUUUGGUCUCAAGCAAAUCAACACAAUAAGGUCUAAUAUGAUCCUUAACCUCAUUACGA